AACACAAAAUAAAAAAAGUUAUUCAACUUCCUUAUCUUCCUCCUACAAGCCCUCACAGUCGCCGCCGCCGCCGCGGCUUCCCUGACGCCGUAUAUCAUCUGCCCUGACUUCUGAUCUCUCUCUCUGCUCAUUCUGAGUUUUGUUUUUGAUCUUCUCAAAAUCGAAAUCCCUAACACCGCAAACACAAAACCAAAAAUCACUGACGAGGAAGGGCUCGCCGAUUAUGCAUCAAUUUCCCAUCCACACGAGUUUGACGUAUGGAAGAAUCUACCGAAGCGAGUAGGUUGAAGACUUGAAGCAAGUCCGUUCCGCGCGGCGAAAUUCUCACUUGUGCCUAUGUUCAUCGCAGUUGUAAGCACUUUUCCAGCACCUUAAUUGUGAGAAUCUGCUAAGAGACUUAGCAUCAGUCUUAAUCUUAUGAAAUUUUGAUCCUUAGAAUCCCUGGAUGGUUGUGAUUUUUGAGUUUUUGUUUUUCUUCAAUUAGCUGGUGGAAACCUCAGCCUAGACUUCCUUUAAUUCCUAUUGUUCUUCUAAACAGUGCCAAUGAAUUUUGUCUUUCCAACGGAGUAGUUGAAUUUGCUGGUUGCAGGAAAAUAUAGAAUUGAGCCUCUUGUAGUUAAAUUCUUCUAAAACAUUUACAUAAUUCAUCUGGCCUUUGUGAACUGUUGCUGAAAUUAUGCGGCAACACCUUCUUCGUCCGUGUAACUAUAAGACUAUAGAAACUGUUGCUGUUCAUCUUGCCCCCAAAACUCCAUUGCUUCACAACUCAAUCUCCUCAUCAUCCUCUCUUUAUCAACCAGACUUAAAUGUUCAUAACGAAUUGAAAACUCUGAAUGCCACCAACAUAAACCAUAAACGCCUUGAAGAGCAACCAGAUUUCUCAAUUGGGUCUCCAUGUAGGGUCCAGAAACUCAUUGCUUCCCAAUCUGAUCCUCUUCUUGCCAAGGAAAUUUUCGAUUAUGCUUGUCGUCAACCCCAUUUUCGCCCAUCGUCUUCCUCUUUUCUCGUUCUUAUCCUCAAGCUAGGGCGUUCCAAGUACUUCUCUCUUAUUGAUGAUCUACUUCUUAGCUUCAAGUCUAGAGGCUACCCUUUUUCUCCAACUGUCUUCUCCUACAUAAUCAAAAUCUAUGGUGAAGCUGAUUUACCAGAUAAAGCUCUCAAAACUUUUUAUACUAUGAUCGAGUUUGGCUGUACGCCAUCGUCCAAACAGUUGAACCGCAUACUAGAAAUUUUGGUUUCUCACCGUAACUUCAUUCGGCCAGCUUUUGAUCUUUUCAAGAAUGCCCGUCAUCAUGGUGUGUUGCCCAACACCAAGUCUUACAACAUCCUCAUGCGUGCAUUCUGUUGGAAUGGAGAUCUUAGCAUUGCCUACACUCUGUUCAACAAAAUGUUCAAACGGGAUGUCGUUCCAGAUGUCGAGUCGUAUCGGAUAUUAAUGCAGGGUCUAUGCAGGAAGAAUCAAGUGAUUGGUGCUGUCGACUUGCUAGAAGAUAUGUUAAACAAAGGCUACGUUCCAGACACAUUGAGCUAUGCCACUUUGUUAAAUAGUUUAUGUAGGAAGAAAAAGCUGAGAGAAGCUUAUAAACUUCUCUGUAGAAUGAAGGUUAAGGGUUGCAAUCCUGAUGUUGCUCAUUACAAUACAGUUAUAACAGGAUUUUGCAGAGAAGGGCGCGCUCUCGACGCUUGUAAGAUUUUGGAGGAUAUGCAGUCGAACCGUUGUUUGCCUAACUUAGUGUCUUACCAGAGCUUGACUAAUGGAUUAUGUGAUCAAGGAAUGUUUGAAUUGGCAAAGGAUUAUGUUGAGGAGAUGACAUUAAAGGGUUUUUGCCCACAUUUCUCUGUCAUUCAUACUUUAGUUAAGGGUUUCAUUAACGUUGGCAGAAUCGACGAUUCGUGUAGCGUUCUUGAAGACAUGCUGAAGGAUGGGAAAGCUCCUCAUUCUGAAACUUGGGAGAUUGUUAUAUCUGGAAUUUGUGAAGUUGAGGACACUGUAAAGUUAUGUGAAAUUUUAGAGAAGAUUUUGAAGAAAGAUGUAAGAAGAGACACUAGAAUAGUGGAAGCAGGCUCUGGGUUGGGUGAGUAUUUGAUUAGGAAGUUACAAGCCUCCAAAUCCCGAAGGGCUUGAGUUUCUGGAUAUCUCCUCUCUUGAGAAGAACUUAAAUCUUUCCAUUUCCACUUGUAAGCUUCUUGUGCACAUAAAUUGUUUAUCAGAUUAUUUGUGUUUUUUUUUAUUUUUUAUAAUGAAA